GGACGUAUUUCGUGUAAAUGUUAAGGUUAAAUAUUCUAACGAGUAAUAACUUAGAAUUGGUCAAGUAAAUUUAAUCGAAUUGAAAAUACGUCAAUUGGAAUAUCAUUAAUAGGAAAGUUCGAUUCGAAUUCGUGAUACUAUGCCGAUUGGCCACGCAUAGUCGAUCGAUAACGUCCAAGUUCGAAACAUUUAAUUAUCCCGCGGAUCCGUUAGAAAAUAGCCAAUUAACAAGACAAUUACAGCCUCCACGCAAAUUCACCAACUCCUAAUUCGUUUGCGGCAUUACUGAACCGUUACUCGCAGCUUCGUUAAAAGUAACCUUCUUGGUUGCAUCAUCUUUUGUUGCGAUCAAAAAUACUAACGUAAAAUGAAGUGAGUGAAAGAAGAAUCUACUUUGAUUCUAAAAGAAAUAAAACUUGGUGUGAUAAAAAAGAAAAAAAGAAUAACAUAAAAUGAAAAAUGAAGGAAUCAUCUUUAUUCUCUUUGUGUGUUCCAUGUGCUUGGCACGUGGGUCAAGGGUGAAGAAUAUCACCCAUGGCGUAUCAAGACACAUUCGAUCUAUCGGAUUUCCCGAGGGUAGCGGUAUGGGGAUAUUUUUUGCUCUUGGCGUACCCCUCGAUAUACCCGAUAAAUCCAUAUUAUUUUCCUUUUACUUCGAGGCAAAUUAUGGUCUACCAGGCGAUUGGAAUUCGAGUUAUUACACCGAAGUGGAACAUUUGAAAAAGAAACGAAAUCUCGAUAGACGAUUAGCCUACGAUAUUAUAUCUAAACAAUUAGAAAGUCUUGACAAUAGUAAUGGCUAUUCGAAACAAGAUUGUUUGCUGAAAACAAUUUGCGAAAUUGCUAAAUAUUCGUUGAAUGGUAACGGACUUCUCGGUGAUAUCAUCAGGAUUUUAUUCGCACCUUCUAGCUCGCAAGACGAAAAUCUUCCAAAUGAGAUAAUUGAAGCAGAAUUCGAAGAAAAUUGCAAUCGACGUUACAAGGACUGCGCUAAGAGUCUUUUGGAUAUCAUAAGUCCUUUUCUACAUUGAUAACGUGGAGAUAAGGAAAAAAGGAAAAUAGGGGAAAAAAAACUUCAAUUAAAUUAUUUGUCGCCUUUUGAAAAGAUUUCUGCUAAGUACUAC